AAAUCGAACCGAGUCCACGUAUCAUACAUACAUAAACCGGAGGGCCGACGAUAAAAAUUACCAAAUUUUAUCAUCUGGUCUGGUGUGUCGGACCGAAUCGGAUCGAAUUCACCAAUCUUCUUCUUCUUGUUCUUGUUCUACACCAGCAAGCAAGCAACCGGGGGGACGAUUGCUUCCGGGAACCCGAAUCCGCCGCCAUGAACACCGAAUCAGUUGUGGAGUUCCUUGGAAACGUCCCUUUACUUCAGAAAUUGCCGAGUUCUUCUCUCAGGAAAAUUGCUCAAGUUGUUUUGUUGAAACGUUACGGGAAAGGGGAUUAUGUGGUUCGUGAAGAUCAAACUUGGGAUGGCUGUUACUUUAUCUUUGAAGGAGAGGCUCAGGUUUCCGGACCAGCCGAGGAAGAUAACCGUUCCGAAUUUCUCUUGAAACAGUUUGAUUACUUCGGCCUUGGUAUUUCUGGGAACGUUCAUUCAGCAGACAUUGUUGCUAUGUCCCAGCUUACUUGCUUGGUGUUGCCGCGUGAUCAUUGUCCUUUGCUUGAGACUAAUUCAAUCUGGCAAUCCGAUACCACUGUUGACAAAUGCUCUUUAGUCGAACGCAUUUUGCAUCUCGACCCUUUAGAAUUGAAUAUCUUCAGGGGGAUCACACUACCUGAUGCUCCCAAAUUUGGAAAGGUUUUCGGUGGACAAUUUAUGGGACAGGCACUUGCUGCGGCAUCAAAAACUGUUGAUUUCCUGAAGAUAGUCCACAGUUUACACUCCUAUUUUCUUCUCGUUGGAGAUAUUGAUAUCCCCAUUAUUUAUCAAGUGCACCGCAUACGUGAUGGGAACAACUUUGCCACCCGAAGAGUAGAUGCAGUACAGAAAGGAAAUAUCAUAUUCAUCUUGGUGGCAUCAUUUCAGAAAGAGCAACAAGGAUUUGAUCAUCAGGAGUCAACCAUACCCUCCGUGCCAGAUCCUGAUACGCUUCUAUCGCUGGAGGAGCUGCGUGAGCGUCGUAUAACUGAUCCUCAUUUACCUAGGAGUUACCGGAACAAAGUUGCCACUGCAAACUUUGUUCCAUGGCCUAUAGAGAUUCGAUUUUGUGAUCCCAGCAAUUCAACAAAUCAGACAAAGUCUCCUCCGAGAUUGAACUAUUGGUUUAGAGCAAAGGGAAAGCUCUCUGAUGACCAGGCUUUGCACCGAUGUGUCGUGGCAUUUGCCUCGGAUUUAAUAUUUUCUGGUGUCGGUUUGAACCCUCACCGCAGAAAGGGCCUGAGAUCCGCUUCACUUAGCCUCGACCAUGCGAUGUGGUUUCACCGACCUCUAAGAGCUGAUGACUGGUUGCUAUUUGUGAUUGUCAGUCCUACCGCUCAUGAGACCCGUGGUUUUGUCACUGGUGAAAUGUUCAACAGAAACGGAGAGCUGGUCGUAUCGUUAACGCAAGAGGCUCUAUUAAGAGAGGCUAGACCUCCAAAACCCUCGGUCACGUCAAAGCUCUGAAUGGCCCACCGUCGUAAGCUAAUAAAUAAUAACAUACAGUAUAUGAUUACGAGUACAACGCUGCAAACAAGAACCGUCUUAUUGGGGUAUUUGUUAGACAAACUCGAGUCAUUCCCUUGGAAUGGUAUUGUUUGAUUCUACUCUUACAGUCUUACCUUCAUCAUCAUAUAUACGUAUCUCAAUAUAUAUAUUGUUAUAUUUCGUGGGUCGAAACAUGAUGGGCCUAAGUAUCAAAAUAAUUUGGAUCUAUGCACGAGUACCGUCUCGUGACCUGCUUUA